GAAUAACAAAAAACAGAGCACAAUGACUAGAUUUACGGUAUUGCCACUCUCUGUUCUUCUUCUUCUCGUUCUCUUGUUCCUCUGCACUGAGUCAUUGGCUAAGUCGGAGGAUUCGGAAGAAAACGACUUCCCCGUGCCGUCGUGCUGCGGGUUUUCGUCUCCUCUUCUGAUAAAGAAAGAUCAAUGGAAACCAAUCUUCGAGUCGAAGUUCGGACAGAUCUCAACCGUUCAAAUCGGCAAUGGAUGCGGUGGAAUGGGACCUUACAAAAUACAUUCCAUAACGUUGGAGCCAAACACGCUUUUGCUGCCUCUUCUUCUUCAUUCCGACAUGGUCUUCUUCGUUGACUCUGGAAGUGGGAUUCUGAACUGGGUUGACGAGGAAGCGAAGAGUUCUGAGAUCAGACUAGGGGACGUUUACAGGCUACGUCCCGGUUCGGUUUUCUACUUACAGAGCAAACCGGUGGAUAUCUUCCUUGGAACCAAACUUAGGCUUUACGCAAUCUUCUCCAACAACGAGGAGUGUUUACAUGAUCCUUGCUUUGGUGCGUAUUCAAGUAUCACAGAUCUAAUGUUUGGUUUUGAUGAGACAAUUCUCCAGGCAGCUUUUGGGGUUCCCGAGGGGAUUAUAGAGCUGAUGAGGAAUCGUACGAAGCCACCAUUGAUCGUGAGUGAUGUGCUUUGCCCACCAGGUGUGGCUAACACAUGGCAGCUCCAACCGCGAUUACUCAAAUUCUUUGCUGGAAGCGCAGAUUUGGUGGAUAACAAGAAGAAGAAAGAGAAGAAAGAGAAGAAAGAGAAGAAGGAGAAGAAAGAGAAGGUGAAGAAAGCAAAAACAUUCAAUGUUUUCGAAUCCGAACCGGAUUUCGAGAGCCCUUACGGUCGUACUAUAACGAUUAAUAGGAAGGAUCUGAAAGUUUUAAAGGGCUCAAUGGUUGGCGUUUCCAUGGUGAAUCUCACUCAAGGGUCGAUGAUGGGACCACACUGGAAUCCAUGGGCUUGCGAGAUUUCAAUUGUGUUGAAAGGAGCAGGAAUGGUUAAGGUGCUUAGGUCUUCGAUAUCAUCAAACUCAUCAUCAGAGUGUAAGAACGUGAGGUUUAAGGUAGAAGAAGGAGAUAUUUUCGCAGUUCCACGGUUACAUCCAAUGGCUCAAAUGUCAUUCAACAAUGGCUCGUUAGUGUUCGUUGGGUUUACUACUUCAGCUAAGAAUAACGAGCCACAGUUCUUAGCCGGGGAGGACUCGGCUUUGCGGAUGCUUGACCGGCAGGUAUUGGCUGCGUCGCUUAAUGUGAGUAGUGUGAUGAUUGAUGGAUUGUUGGGAGCUCAGAAGGAAGCUGUUAUCUUGGAAUGUCCUUCUUGUGCGGAAGGAGAGAUGGAGAAGCUGAAGGUGGAGAAGGAGACGAAGAAAAUAGAUGAUGAGAGGAAGAGGAGAGAUGAUGAAAGGAAGAAAGAAGAAGAAGAGGCGAAGAAAGAAGAGGAAGAGAGGAGGAAACGUGAAGAAGAAGAAGAGAGGAAGCGGUGGCCACCUCAACAGCCACCACAACCGUUCCAACCGCAGCCGCAACCAUCACAAGAAGAACCUCUAGAACCGCAACUACCGAUGGAGAAAGAAUGGGAAAUGGCAGGUGAAGAGGAGAUGUAAGCCGUAGAAGUAAUUAAAAGAGAACGCCGAUUUCAAGAGUGUUUGGUUUGUUGUUAAUGGUUAGAACUUUGGUUUUGACCUCUCUUUUUUUUCCUCGUCUUGUGUAUUUGUUAAUGUUUGUAUUGUUUGUGUUGUUGCCAGGCCAAUGUUUAAAGUUUUUAUUGUAUUAUGUUUUGUUUAAAUGUUUCCGAGAUAUUGUUGAGUGACGACGUUUACUUCUAGUUA